AUGAGUUCUUUCCCGUGGGUGAUCGCUGCCUCCGCCCCCAGGGCUGUGCCGGCUCCGCGCCGGAUAACUGAGGACAGCUUCAGGUUCUCGCCUCCAGCCCGCCUUCCCUCUGCACAGGUACCAAUUAUCUCACAGAAUUACAGACCCAGGGGCUGCAGGAAAGGCCACCCCAUCCGUGGCCUGAGGGUGGGUUCUUGUCUGACGCUUGGAAAUGAGUCGUCUGAGGAGAUACACGAGCUGAAAAAGCAAGAGACCUUACUGGAAGGGGUGCCCAGGCGGAGAGCCGCCGAGCGAGAGAACCCAGGCGGACUGCUCCGGCACGUGACUCGCAGUCUGGUUCUUCGGCCAGUCGUUCUGACUCAGGAUCCUUCCCGCGGCUGCGCACGUUGCUCCGCCAAGAUGGACGUCAGCGAGGAGGAUUCUGGGAGGUGGAAAGACAUGGGUGCCUCCUUUGGCCUUUGCUUGAACUCUUUGGUUGGUGGCGGCUUAGUAAUUCUGUGUUCUUUACCAGGACUUCCUGUUAGCAAAGAACUCAAGCAAAUGAUUAGUAUGGUGCCGCCAGGGUGA